GAUCAUCGCAUUGCCUCCUGCAGAUAGCAGCAGGUACACUCGCCUCCCCUUCUGUACUCAGUUUGAUUGAUGUGUUUUUCUACGCAGGCGGAACGCUUCAUCGGCGGACGCCACAUCGUGACACGCUCCCUAACUGAUGAAUGAAUGGGCUCUGUAAUCGUCGGAUCACCAGAACAGAUCAUUAUCCCUAUUGGAGAACGUUUCAACGCACCGCUCGGCCAAAUUGCGACCUGAAGAUGAAGAGGACUUCAGUCCAGAAGGCCCUUUGUCUAAACAUGUUCCAGUGACUACAAUCUGGUGUGCUGAAAAGCACGGUGGCUUUGGCAACAGGGCGGGAAGAACUGUUCCAAGAAAUUCAGACGAUCUGGUUUUCUACUACUUCGAGAAACAACACUGCAGUGGAAGGAAUACAGAAGCAAACUGCAUGACAGCGAACGCUGAAAUUGGAGUGUGAGAAAGGCAUUCAAAGCAGAGUGGGAAAAACUGUACCCAAAAAGUGGACAAUCUGCUUCAAGAAACAACAUUGCAGCAGAAGGAAUACAGAAGCAAACUGUGUGACAGUGAUGGGAGUGUGAGAAACUGGAGAGUGGACCCUUCUAGCUGUCUUCAGGUAGUAGGAGUACAGAAUCAGCUUGUACUGUGCAGAAUUGUCUUGGACUGGACGGCCUAUACAAGAGUGAAGAAACAAGGAAAACAGAACCUGUGUGGUCUACAAGGCACAUCUUCAGAACACCAGAUUCACACAAUCAGCUUGUACUUUGUAGUCUUGGACUGGAAGACCAUUAUCUGCAAACUACAACAGCAGUGUAACAAAACAGAAGGAAAACAAAAGCAGCUUGCGAUAGAGUUUACCAAAUGGAAAACCAGCAUCUAUGAGAAAAGCCUUCAGUUGUGGUGAAAGUGUUGGUUGAAAACAUGGCAAUGUUGUUCGGGGCCAGCAUCUUGCUGACCACCCUGACAGUAAUGCACUGUCUGCCGUGUGUCACCCCAGCCAGGGUGUCGCUAGAGGAUCUCAGGAGGGUCAUCAAGGAGGUGAAGAAACUAGAGUCCCGUGCUGACAAUAACUCCGUACAGAUACAGAAGCUGUUUGACUCUUACACAGGGGACACAAGAAAGAGCCCCUCCAUGUCUCCUCAGACUAUCCAGAAGGUAGUGAGUCAGAACAUCAACCAGAGUAACAUCAUCAGUGCUCUACAGGACCAGAUGGCCACUGACAGGCAGAACUCGAGGGAUGCACUUGACAAGUUGUCAGUACAGAGCUCUGACCUGGAGAGAUAUGUGUACGAACAGACACUCCUCAUUAAGGACAAGACCCGGAGGCUGGAGACCAGAAACGCCCGCCUGGAGAACACGCUCAUGUUCUUACAGCAACGUGUGGAAAACAUCAGUGUGAAAAACGAGUUUGGAGACGUGCGGGAUCGAGUAAAAGACUGUUCUUCCCUGUACAAGCGAGGGUACACCCUAAACACAGUCUACAUGAUACCAGCCUACACCGGCCCCUUCGUAAUGUACACCAUGCCUUCCUUCAACACGUACUGCGACAUGCAAACUGACGGCGGCGGCUGGACGGUCAUCCAACGCCGCGUCAACGGCUCCCUCAACUUCGACCGCAACUGGACGGACUACAAGUGGGGCUUCGGCGACAAGUUUGGCGAGUACUGGCUGGGGAACGAGAACAUCUACCGCAUCACGAACGAGCGGCCGAACAAAUUGCGCGUCAUGAUCGAAGACUGGAUGGGGAUGAAGGCGUACGCCGAGUACUCCACCUUCUCCAUCUCCAGCGAGCGGGACGGCUACAGGCUGUCCCUGGGAGAGUACGCGGGGGGUCUAGCCGGGGAUUCCAUCAGGAAUCAGUACAACAGUCAGAACAACAUGGCGUUCAGCACCAAGGACAGGGACAAUGAUAGUUCCCCGGAGUCCAGCUGUGCACAGCGGCGCCGCGGAGGCUGGUGGUACAGCCAGUGUGGCUGGGCGAGUCUGAACGGACUGUACCGGGUCGGCGGGCAGUACCUGGGCCGCGCUAACGGAAUCAUCUGGUUCUCGUGGGGCGGGUCGUUCCGUUAUUCUAUGAAGAAAGUCACCAUGAUGGUUCGACCAGCUGACUUCUAGGUGCAUUGUAGGCCAUU